AUGAUUGAUGCGGCUGGAUAUUCGAUCGAGAAGCAGUAUGAGGUGCUUCUUUUCCACUACCACUGGAUUGUGCCUCGACUGGGACCAGCACCAAAGCCCGACGGCACUCCAGUAUUUAAAUCUCUGAUUGCCUAUGAUGGCUCGCCUUUGGAGUACUCCUGGAAGUGGAACACCACGGUCGGCGAGCCUGACAUCCGCUACUCAUGGGAGGCGAUUGGCAAGGACUCGGGCACAGCAUCCGACCCGCUGAACCAUGAUCCAACGCUGGACUAUAUGGACAAGGUGACUCAAGUACUUCCCGCAACGGACUACUCAUGGUUUCGUCACUUCCUAGCAGAAGUUUACAACCCCGACAGAGAGUUUUAUGCCAAGGAGCUGGAAGCCGGCGAGCCGCCAGCCACCACUCUCAUGCACGCCAUCGAGUAUAACAAAAAAGCCGACUUCGGACUCAAGUCAUACUUCCUAGCGAGGAAACUGUUCAUGGGAGGCGACCCUAACACUCUGCAAGAGUGGGACGAUGCCAUCGUGAAACUUACCCCUAGCGAGGGCCACCCAGGGAGAGAUGCUUUGAUGCAUUUCAUGACCACCAGCCCCGAGGGCAAGCUGAUGAAGCCCAACGUAAUGGGAAUAGACAAUAUAGAUUCAUCCAAGUCCCGCCUCAAGAUGUACUUCACGUCCACUCACACCAGCUUCAAGUCGGUCCGGGAAAUCAUGACAAUGGGUGGAAUCUGCGACAUCGCCGAGGACAGCCUGCAGGAUCUACGCUCCAUGAUCACUGCUGUCUUGGGCCUGCCAGCAGAUUUCCCCGAGGAGGAGGAGAUUUCCGUCGAGGCCACCACCGGCGGCAAUACCUGGAAGGACUUUGAGACUCUGUGCGAGGGCUUCAUCUACUUCUUCGAUAUUGCCCCGUUGAAUGGCAAGCCGGAGGUCAAGUUUUACUUGACCACUCGCAAGUAUGGUGCGGAUGAUCUGACCAUUGCCCGCAACUUGAUGGCCUGGAUGUACGCACAUGGCCGUGGCACGUACUGCGAUGGGUAUCUUGGCAUGUUAGAGAGGCUCUCCGAGCACAGGGGCUUGGAGAAUGGCAAGGGAAUGCAUGCUUACAUUAGCUACCAGUGCGCUCAGAAGGGAGAGCCGGACAUCAAAUCGUACAUCUCUCCCGAGUUGUACCACAAGGCCCGAUAUGCGGGCAUCUAA